AUGGGGCAUAUUUUCAAUAGAAAGAAGAAAAUUGGAAAACAACCUUCGGAAAGUGUUUCAGGGCGAGGACUAUCUAGCUCCGAUCAGAUUAAUAGUCAGAUUGAAAGCAGAGCUCCUACAAAUAGGCUGAACUCAAUAUCCCCUGUAGGAAGGAUUUACAGUACUCCACGAAUAAUAAGUCCCUCAAGGUAUAUCUACCUAGCCUCAUCUGAUGAGGGCACUAGUGGCACUUCUAGCUCAGUUACUACUCCUUCAAUCUUACAGUUUAGAGAUGAUAGCAUGGAUUCACAUCGGGAUAUCGGAGAGCCAAGUCCGAAUAGCACAGAGGAACCACCACUUGAUGAAUAUGGUUUCUUCGAUGAUGAAAUUCCUCCAUAUCGUCCCACUCUUCAUAAAUAUUUGGACUUAAUAUCUUUUGACCCAAGAUUUGCACCUGUAUUAAGAGUUAAUAAGACACUUGUGAAGAAUGAUAAAGUUUUAAAGAACUCAAUAGCAAAUUUUAAAAAAUAUAAUAUGCUUCCAAGUGAAGUAGAUCUCUGGAAGAUCCAUCACGUUGACGACAAAGAAUUUGAUACAAUUAUACCCGACCUAAUACCAGAGCCUAUCAGAAGAGAUACGAGAAUUAAUCAACAUCUGGGUAAUCAACGCUUAUAUAAUUUACAAAAUGGUACUAGCAUACCAUUUGAAACAGAAGAGCAAGAGAUACAAUAUGCUUUGUAUUUGUCUCUUCUCGAAAAUACUAAUAUAACUGAUGAUAAUCAAAGACGUAAUUAUCAUGGCUUCAGGUUCAAUAACUUUGAUACUCCCCAUAUUACGAGCCUGCCUUCUCCUAACUACCUGGGCUUUAGGUACAACUACUCAGGUUCUGAGCAGUACAGUAGAGGUCUCGGAAUAAUGAAUAUGGAUAUUUAG